AUGUCGGAGUACUUCUCAUUCCGACGUCGACCAGGAGAAGGGAUUUCACAGUUCUUGGUGAGAGAAAGUUUAGGGUUUGAAGAGUUUCAAGAAGCGUUGGUUCAGUUGAAAGAAGAAAAAGAUGGAAUAGAUCCGAGUUCAAGGAAUUUCGGCUUACCAGACAUGUCUCCAAAAGGGGAUGAUGAUGAUCAAUGGGGUGAUUGGCGUCGAUGGCGCCAAUGGCAACCUCCUACAGAGGGUGGUGAUGCUUCUGUUGACCAAGAUGGGGAUCAUAGUCCAACAAGGGGUGAAGGGUAUAGACCUGUUCCUACUGUUGAACCUGAUUUGAGCCCUGCAGCGGCUUCAGUGCAUGGUCGGACGGUUCCUCCAGCAUCACAGCCUGGUUCUCCUACUCAGCAUGGUUCUCCUAUUCCUGGUGUUUUGGGUCCACUGGAUUCUUUCAUUUUGGAAGUGUUGCGUGGCUGGAGACUAUUGGUUGCGGCAUCCCUAUCCAAUGAAGAGUGGAGAGAUGUUUUGGCUGCUACUGGCAACAAGCUAGACUAUGUCAGCAUUUCGAAUUCCUUACAGACCUUGUGGGAUGAACAACUGGGUUCUUCACGACAUGCUAUGAUGGGACAACGUGCAUACAUGAACAACUGGCAUGAGCAAUGGGAUGUUUCUUCUGAUUGGCAUGAUACAUGGAGUGAUGAUUGGUAUUCAUGGGCUUCACAUGUGGCUGAACAUGCAUGGCCUGAAGCUGCCGCCGCUCAGGAAGAAACCUCCACUGCUGAUCAAGCUGAUGACCCAGCUGAUCCUGACCUUCAAGAAGCCUUGGAUGCAGAACGUCAGGCUGAAGCUUUGAUGUCAGAGGCCAGACGAACUUGGUCUCAGGCUCAACAGGCGACGGCCAUGUUGCGAAAAGAUAGGGGUUUUGGAAAAGCAUCUGGGAGUGCAUCUACAACUGACAAUAGGGGUUGCUUCAUUUGUGGCAGUUUUCAACACUAUUCACGAGAUUGUCCAGAUCGAGGUUUUCCCCAAAAAGGUCGUGGCAAGUAUUUGUCUCCUGCAGAACUAGAAUCCUAUCUGGUAGCUGGCAAAUCCAAAGGCAAGAAGGGUCAGCACAAAUCAAAAGAUGGCAUGUGGAUGGAAGAUUAUUCCUAUGAUGCAUAUCCAUUGCAAAAGGGUAAGUCCGGAAAAGGGUAUGGCAAACCAAAGGGCAAACCUUCCACUGUGAACAUGUAUAACAUGGAUUACUAUGGUUUGGAGAUGAUGGAUGAUUUUCACAUUGGUGAUUUUACAAUGGAUUGUUUUCCCCUGGAACUCUAUGCGGCUUCCGAUUCCGUUCAACAAUCAGUACCUACGAUUCCUCUGGGUUCUGGUAUGCUGGAUUGUGGGGCGACGGCAUCAGCGGGUCCUGAAGCCUCCAUCAAAGCAUUGUUGGGACAUCUUCGUCAACAAGAUCCAAAUAUUCUGGUUUCAUUGAACUAUGACAAGUGUCCAUUUUUCAGGUAUGGUAGCGGCAGUUGGGGACAAGCAUUGCAUCAGGUGACUAUCACUUCAUCAUCCAAUUCAUCGAGGUUUUUCAUGGCAUAUGCUUUACCCAAUCCAAAGGACUACGGACAACCCUGGUUUCAUGAAGGGAUGCUGGUUCCGAUAUUGGUAGGAAUGGACUUUCUCUCCAAGGUAGGCCUCAUUCUUGACUUUUGUGAUGGACAUGCGGUACAUGCCAAAGAUCCAGAUCCCACUCCAUACUACAUGCUCAAGAAUGUAAAGGGUCACUUCAUGGUGAACAUUGCGGAGUACAUCUGUGGUUCCACCGGCUCCGAGGCGUCCACUGGUCAUCAAGAGCACUUCACUUUGGAGGCGACUCGACCGGUUGAGGACAGUGAUGUGGGUUGGUUUGAACUUGGUCCCAUGGAACUAUGUGGCAUGGAUGAUACAAUGCAUGAAGUUUCAAUACAUGAUCAAGAACAUGAGCAUGGUGAUGAAAUGAAACCUCUUUUUCAGUACAUGUUGAACCGAAGAAUCAAGCUGAACCAGAACCAAGCUUCCUCUUCCAGAGAUCUUUCCACUCAACUUCCACGACUGCGAAUGCCUCCAAAGACCUCUUCGACAAAGAGCUCCAAAGCAGCACCCUUGGAUCACACCAAGGAGAAGGGAUGGCAUCAUACAGAUCCCCGUGGCGAUCCCAAUUCAUGGCCUUGUUAUGGAGAACACGGGAUGUUUCAAGAAGGGUCGAACGCCUAUGCAAAGUGGGCAGAUUGCAAAGCCUGCGGACUGAGGCUGUCUUAUGUCCCGAGAGAGGGCUACUCCGGCAGCACCAGCAAAGUGGAGGAUCCGAAGGUGAUCACCAUGGCCUUGAACCUUCUCAAGCAGGAUGUCAAAGCACAGCAUUGCACAGCGCCGAUGGUGAAGCUGGCAAUGGAGAUCUACAAAGACCAAUCCAAGCUGGAAGCCAUGGAGAAGCAAUUCCACAUGCUGCAGCAGCAGGUGACCCAGAACAUGGCCAAGUACAAGAUCAUGACCAAGCAAGCUUGGGAAAGCCCUGCAACGAGCUCUACUACAAGUCUCAAUGCGGAGGAGAUCUUGAAGCAAAUGUCCUCGGAGGAGAUCCAACGCCUCCAGGAAUUGGCUGCCCAGAGGAAAGCCGAAGCAGAGAGGGAGGAGGAGGAACCGGAUAUGGAGUUGGUUCAAUCACGGAGCCAACCAGAGACAAGUUAG